AUGCCGAGCCAGCUCGAAGGUGCAAUGGAUGCGCUGAUAGCGGUUUUCUACAACUACUCGGGCAGCGAUGGAGACAAUUUGAAGCUCAACAAGGGCGAGUUGAAGGAGCUGCUCAGCAUCGAGCUCACCGACUUCCUACAGUCUCAGAAGGAUCCGAUGCUGGUGGAGAAGAUCAUGAACGACCUGGACUCGAACAAAGACAACGAGGUGGAUUUCAAUGAGUUCGUCGUGUUGGUGGCCGCCCUGACCGUCGCCUGCAACGACUUAUUCCAAGAGCAGAAGAAGAACAAGUAG